AGAAGAAGAAGAAGGCUUAAAAGAGGAAGUGACCAUAAUCAGCCAAACCAACACAGCGGAGUUUGGAGCUAGUUACAUGUCGGUGCAGUUGUGGUGCCUGUCAUUCCGGCAGCCAUAUGCCGGUCUCAUCUUGGACGGGGUGAAGACAGUGGAGAGCCGCUGGAGGCCCCUGCUGGCACCUCUGGAACACCAGACCCUGGCAGUCCACAUUGCCCAGCGGGACUGGGAAGGGGAGGAAUGGCGGGCGGUGCUGAGUGGCCCACUGGGGAUGAACCAGGCCCAGAUCCAAGAGCUCCUGGAGUUGGGGGAGCGGUUCGGCCGUGGUGUGGUCGCAGGAUUGGUGGAUGUGGACAGAACCUGGCUCUGCCCUGCUUCCUUACAGGGGGAGGAGCUACGGUACAUGGAGCAGUCAGCUGUUCUUAUUGGUCUGCAACAGAAACACCUGACUCAGUUGUCCAACCCUCGCUGGCUGAAGGAGCCGCUGAGCGCCCGAGGGCGUCGUGACCUCUGGACUGUGGAGAUUCCCACAGAGCUAUUACCUUGAAGGACAGGAUGAAGCCCAGUAGCCUUACUGGUCUUCUGACUUCAGGACAAACGUCAGCCUCAUCAGCUGCACAGACUUUGGCAAAGGCCAAAACACCUGCAUGUAGGACAUUUCUAAUUCAGUUUUAUUUGUAUAGCACCAAAUCACAACAAAAAUCAUCUCAGGACACUUUACAAUAUAAGUAAGGUCUAAACCUGACUGUGUAGAGGGGAAAACCCAACAGCCCCACCGAGCAGCACUCCUUGACAGUGGGGAGGAAAGGCUCCCUUUAAUAGAAGAAACCUCCGACAGUCCCCGGCUCUUCGUGCUGUGACGGCGUUAGGGUGAGUGGAUAGAGGAGAGAGAAAAAAGAAAAGCAACAGGACAACUGCAAUAACACAUUUAUCAAGCCUCUACCAACACUGAGCAGCAGGCUUCAUAAGCACCAUCAGCACCAGGUACUAUCACGUUUUACAGAUCAACUGUUAAACACACAGUUUGUGGUUUGAGUGACUGAUGACAGGACACACGUGGCGACAGGAUACGUGGCACCAGGACUAAUCAAGCCUUAUUAUCCUUAAGGCUAAUAAGUUAGCCUAUUGUGGUGCAGGCUAGCUGCACAGAAUGAAUCUCAUGGCAACUUAUGUGGCACAACCUUCAUGAAACAGAGUCACGACUAAAUUCAGACAGGAUACCUGGAAAAUCUUGGCUUAAUUGGCCAUCUAGGUUUUGUGAAACAGCCCUCUAGGUACGUCUGAUCGAUUUCUGUGGUACAGACACAGAUGCAGGUGAGUGUCAACACUGAAGGAGAACAGAGUCGUCCAUUCUGCUGGUGGAAAACCUUUAUUCACCCAGAAACAAAACCCCAUCACCAGUCUGAACAUCAACACAAAUAUAUCCCCUCAUCAACAAACAGGGGCUGAGCGUGCCCAGCCUGUAGCCCCACCCCAUGUCUCCGACUGGCUGGCUGACACUUGAAA